CCCCGGGGGUAUUUAAGGCCGCCCCCCCCCCGGGGGUUACCCCGGGUCCGGCGCCAUGGCGGAGGACGCGAUGGAGAGCUACCUGUACGCCGCGUACCACCCCUACUCCUACCGCUACCCGCCGCCCAAGGGCAAGGGGGGGUCGACGGGCGGCUGGCGGCCGCGGGGCGGCGGCGGCGGCGGCUACUUCUCGGGCUACGGGGAGGCGGCGGCGGCCGCCGACUACUUCGACAACUACCAGCGGGCGCAGCUGAAGGCCAUCCUCUCCCAAGUCAACCCCAACCUGACGCCGCGGCUCCGCAAGGCCAACACCAAGGAGGUGGGCGUCCAGGUCAACCCGCGGCAGGACGCCUCGGUGCAGUGCUCCCUGGGGCCCCGCACGCUGCUGCGCCGCCGCCCCGGCCCCCCCGCCGGGCCGCGGCCCCGCGAGGCGGAGCAGGAGCAGGAGCAGGGCAGCCCCGCCACCACCAGCACCCGCGCCGUCCGCUUCCCCCGCACCAUCGCCGUCUACUCGCCCGUGGCGUCCCGCAGACUCACCGCCUUCCUGGAGGAGCCGGAGCGGCGGCCGCAGCAGGAGGAGGCGGAGGCGGCGGCGGCCGUCGAGGAGGAGCCGGAGCGGCGGCCGCAGCAGGAGAAGGAGCCGGCGGCGGCGGCCGUCGUCGAGGAGGGGCCGGAGCGGCGGCCGCAGCAGCAGCGGGAGGAGCCGGCGGCGGCGGCCGUCGAGGAGGAGCCGGCCGCGCCGCGGGAGCAGCGGGAGGCGGAGGCGGCCGCCGUGCGGGCGAGCUGGGAGAAGCCCCCCGAGGCCGGCGCCCAGCCGCUGGAGCAGCGCCCGGCCCAGCCGCUAGGGCAGCGCCCGGCCGCGACCCCGGAGCCGCCGGCGGAGAGCCGCGAGGAGAAGGCGGCAGCGGCAGCAACAGCAGCAGCAGCAGCAACAGCGCGGGCAGAGCCGCCGGCCGCCCCCCAGAAGCGGGAUCCGGCGGCGGGCAAGACCCGCCUGCGCUUCCAGUUCCUGGAGCAGAAGUACGGCUACUACCACUGCAAGGACUGCAACAUCCGCUGGGAGAGCGCCUACGUCUGGUGCGUCCAGGGCACCAACAAGGUCUAUUUCCGGCAGUUCUGCCGGACCUGCCAGAAGUCCUACAACCCGUACCGUGUGGAGGACAUCACCUGCCAGAGCUGCAAGCAGACGAGGUGCACCUGCCCCGUGAAGAUGCGCCACGUGGAUCCCAAGAGGCCCCACCGCCAGGACCUCUGUGGGAGGUGCAAAGGGAAACGCCUCUCCUGCGAUAGCACCUUCAGUUUCAAAUACAUCAUCUGAGUGGGAUGGGGUUCUUGGUUUGGUUUGGUUUAGGGCUCUUCUAGAAAACUGCAAGUAAAGCAGACUUUUUUUUUUUUUUUUUGGUGGUGGUGGUAUUGUUGAAGGUACAUGGUGAGGUGUAGCUAGGAAAGCAUGCAAAUAAAAGUAUUGCAAAGCA